AUGAUUGAAGCUAAAUAGCAAAUACAAAAGUCUGUUUAUAAAUAUUCUUACCUUCUAAAUGAUAUCUUAGGGGAGGGCUAUUCUUCUAAGGUGUAUAAGGGGAUUCAUAAUGAUACAGGAUAGGUUGUAGCGAUAAAAGUUAUAAACCUUUAAACUUUAGUUACUCCAAUCUCAUAGAGUUUGCUAAAAAAUGAGAUAAGCAUAAUCAAGUAAUUAAACCAUGAGAAUCUAAUGAAAGUGUAUGAGGCCUUUCAGACAAGAAACAACACCUAUAUCAUAUGCGAAUUCUGUUGUGAUGGGGAUUUAGCCAAUAUUUUAAGAUCAACUAACUUAACAAUAAAAGAGAUUAUUGAUAUAUUUACUCAAAUAUCGAGAGGAGUGAAGGCCCUUCAUGAUCAAAAAAUAAUACAUAGAGAUAUAAAGCCUGCAAACAUUUUAAGAUUGAAUGGCAUAUAUAAAUUGUCAGAUUUUGGAUUUGCGAUUGUAGAAAAUGAUUUCGAGAGCAUAAUUAAGAAGUUUCAUGUAGGAACUCCAGUAUAUAUGGCACCAGAAACUGUUCAGUUAAAUCAGUAUUCUGAAAAAUCUGACAUAUGGUCGUUAGGAGUAGUUCUUUACUUGAUGAUAUUUAAAGAAUUGCCAUUUAAUUAAAAAAAAGAAGAAGAUAUAAGGAAUAGACAGUAGGAGGUGUAUGCAAAAAUUAGAAAUGAAAGAAACCUGCCUAAAAAUAUCUAAUAUAUUCUGAUUGGAAUGUUGGAGAUAGAUCCUCAAAAAAGACUUUCCAUAGAAUAGAUACUAACUCAAUUAUAAAGUUAAAAGAAAUUGCAAUGCACCUCACAUCAGAAUAUAGUAUGUAAGAUUUUGAGGAGAUCGAGUGCUCAUGAGGAUUAUCACAGCCCUAAUUAAUUCUCAAAACCUCUGAAAACAUUACCAAAUGAAGAGAUUGAAUAAUAGAUAGAACCUAACUCAUGUAGACAUUAUCAAAUAUAGCAUAAAAUAAAUUUGUAUGAUCAAGAAUUUAAAGAGUUGGCUAAAGGAUUUUGUUCAUAAUAAUAAACAGACAAUAAAAUAAAAGAAAAUACAAAAUCUUCAAAACGAAAAGUUUAAAUUCAAAUUCCAAUUGUCUAAUCAAAUUACAUACAAAAAUUAGAAAAGCCUAAGAUUUCUGAAAAUAGUGAUUUAUAAUAAAACGCAAAAUCUAGUAGUACAAAUGAAACAGUCAAAAACUCUUACUCUUCCAAUCGUUAAGUUUAGAAUGAAUAUACCAUUGCUAAUACUCUAUUUGGCAAUAUUGAAAAUGCAUUAAUUGAUACUAAAGAUAACAAACUAUCGCCGAUUUGUUAUACUUCUAAGAAAAAAAAAUUGAUAGAUUCUCCUAAAAGAUAACUUAAGACUGUUUCAUCUUACUAAAAUUUAUUAGAUUAAAAUACCUAUAGCAAUACUAAUAGGCCUUUUAAUUAGAAUAAUACCAUCUCAUAAUAGAAAGUAAGAACUUCGACUUCAGUGAGUAAGUUCCAAGAUUCUGAAAAGAAGAUGAAGAUUAAAGACAAACCAACAUUAAAUCAAAAUAGCGAAUCUUUAUCGGCUACAAUAUUACCCACUUACAAGUUUUUGGUGUUCUUAAAUUAGGUUCUCAAAAAUUUUGAUUAGAUUAAUACUGAGGAGAAAUAAAAGUGUUUUUUUUUAUUGAGGAAAUUGUUGGCUUUGAAGGCCAAUGCCAUUAAAAAGUUUUGUCCUCUCAAUUUUCAAGAGACUCUCUUUCAAUGGAUUGAAAGCUUCGAACAAUAUUAUCUAAAGGUGGUUCCUGUUUUUUAUACCAAUCAGGAUAGAAAAUUUAAUCAAUACUUCAAUAAUGAUUUAGAAUAGUUCACAAAGGGAUUUUCGAAAUAACUCUAUUAGAACUUAGAACAAGUGAAUAAACAAUUGAAUUCAAAGGAUCUAUUGAUAAUUCAAGAUGUGAUCAAUGAUAAUCUUAAAUAAUUUAAUGAUCCCAUCUUGUUUGCAAGGAGAUGGGAAAAUGGUUAAUUGUGA